AUGUUGGUUAAAGGAUUGGUUCUACCAUAUGUGAGUGUUUUGAAGCGCGUCAAAUUUCACAACCAUCACCGUUCCUCUGUUCAAUGUUUACAAAAAAAUAAAACACCAACAGAAAGUAAAACCAAUACAACCAUACGAAACCAGACAAAACCAGACAGAACCAGACAGAACACACCGAGUGCUGUUUUCAUAGAGCAACUUCAGGAGAACCAUGAUAUGAUGAACACUAGGCCGUACAUAAAACAGGAACAUAUCAACCUAGGAGACCCGUUGCCUCUUACAUAUCCGAUACCCACGACUACAACCACAACCACGACCGGCUCCUCGUCGCAAAGACGCCUCAAUAAUGCGGCCAGAGCGUACAUUCGGGAACCUUCAACGUCUUUGGUGGCGGAAUUGAACCUACCCAAGAAAAGACAGCUUCAAGAUGCACCUAGAAGCCGCGAUGCGAGUCUGAGCUCGAGCUCGAGCCUAGUCGACCGAAUAAUGAAUAACCGGCAAACUGGUUCGCGAAGCCUGCUGUUGCUGGCCACCAGGGAGAGGAUUCGAGACAAAUUGCGACAUUUGAGUGAGGAGUUUGUCCAAUUGAAGAACACGGAGGAGAAUAUGGUGAUUGUAGAUGCCAAAAUCGACGAGUUGUUGGAGUUGAUUCGCCAACUACAGGACCAAGAGGGUGCUACGAACCCGCACGAGGACACCGAGGAUGAAGUUCAGCGACUAUUGCAGGAGAUAACUGAAACCAACUCCAAAAGCAGACCCAGAGUUAAUAAAGCAGUUGCGUUUGCCGGGGCUUCAAGUAUGCGGGACAAUAUCUGGACGUUUGCCUACAAUUCGAGAUACUGGCUAUUGUUCACGGCUACGCUAGUCUUUGUGUUUCUUUUGGCCUCGUCACCAUUUGCCGAAGAGUUCAAAUAUCGAUAUUGCUACUAUUUUUGCUAA